AUGGAAGUGUACAUCGACGACAUGCUGGUUAAGUCGCUCCAUGCCAUCCGAUCACCUCCGCCAUCUACAAGAAUGCUUCGAAACUCUCAACAAGUACGGCAUGAAGCUAAACCCAGCAAAGUGCACUUUCGGGUUUCUUCUGGCGAGUUCCUCGGUUACAUUGUCACACAGCGAGGAAUCGAGGCGAAUCCAAAGCAAAUCUCUGCGGUCCUAAACCUCCCGAGUCCGAAGAACAGCAGAGAAGUGCAGCGGCUCACAGGCCGGAUAGCCGCUCUAAAUCGAUUCAUCUCCAGAUCCACCGACAAGUGCCUGCCAUUCUAUGAUCUCUUGCGAGGAAAUAAAAAGUUCAUUUGGGACGAAAAGUGCGAGGAAGCAUUCACUCAACUCAAACAGUACCUGACUACACCUCCGGUACUCGCUAAGCCUGACGUCGGCGAUGUUCUAUCUCUCUAUGUCGCAGUAUCACAGGCUGCAGUCAGCAGCGUUCUGAUAAAAGAAGACCGCGGCGAGCAAAAGCCCAUCUUCUAUACGAGCCGCCGCAUGACAGGACCAGAGACGCGGUAUCCAACUCUAGAAAAGAUGGCUUUAGCAGUUGUUGAAGCAGCGAGAAAACUACGACCGUAUUUCCAGUCGCACUCCGUGGAAGUAUUGACUGAUCAGCCUCUCCGAACGAUACUCCAGAACACUAACAGAUCCGGCAGACUUACAAAGUGGGCCAUCGAACUCGGCGAGCUCGAUAUCAUCUACAAGAACCGCACGGCAGCGAAAUCCCAGGUCCUUGCCGAUUUCUUGGUCGAACUGGCCCCAGAGUUAGAGCAAGAUCUCACAUUCCCAAGCUCAAACUGGACAUUGCACGUCGACGGAUCGUCGACCAACAAAGGAGCAGGUGCCAGAGUCCAAUUACAGUCCCCGACCGGCGAACUAAUCAGACAGUCUUUCAGCUUUGGCUUUCCCGCGUCAAACAACGAGGCAGAAUACGAAUCUCUGAUCGCAGGACUCCGCUUAGCAAAAGCCGUCAAAGCUAAACGACUAAGCGCUUAUUGCGACUCUCAGUUAGUCGCCAGUCAGUUCAGUGGCGACUACGACGCCCGCAACGAUCGGAUGGACGCCUAUCUCAAAAUAGUGCAAAGCUUGGCAGCAGAGUUCGAAUUCUUCGAACUCAUCAAAGUUCCGAGAGGCGAGAACGUCUGCGCCGACGCCCUCGCUGCCCUUGGCAGCAAGCUUCAUGAUCAAGUGAAAAGAACAAUCCCGAUACAUCGUAUCAAGAAACCAAGCAUCGAUAUGCUGCCCGACCAAACCCUCGUCGCCCAGGUCGUCGAGCCUGUUGCUCCAGACGACGACGGAUUUGGCCCAGAUUGGAGAACCGAGUUCAUCGACUACCUCUCUAAGGGGGAACUCCCAGCAGAAAAAUGGGCAGCUCGCCGCCUAAAAACCCGCAGCGCCCAUUACGUCGUUCUUGACGAUGAACUGCACCGAUGGACGGCGAGUAAAGUGCUCCUCAAAUGCAUCCAUGGCGACGAGACAGCAAGGGUUAUGGCUGAGACACAUGAAGGCGCUGGCGGAAAUCAUUCGGGCGGACGUGCGUUAGCAAUCAAAGUAAGGAGCUUAGGUUUUUUUUGGCCGACAAUGAACGCUGAUUGCGAGUCAUACGCGAGAAGCUGCGACAAGUGCCAACGACAUGCACCUAGCAUCCAUUGUCCAACCGAGAUGUUGCGCACAACCACCGCCCCUUACCCGUUCAUGCGAUGGGCGAUGGAUAUCAUAGGACCGCUUCCUUGUUCCCGCCAAAGACGCUUCAUCCUGGUCCUGACCGACUACUUCACUAAAUGGAUUGAAGCUGAAGCAUACGCCCAAGUCACAGACAAAGAAGUCCGCGGUUUCGUCUGGAAAAACAUCAUUUGUCGCCAUGGUCUACCUUAUGAAAUUGUUACCGACAACGGAUCUCAGUUCAUGUCAGGUAAUUUCAAGGAGUUCUGUGGCAAGUGGAACAUUCAACUAAGCCCCUCCACUCCUCGUUACCCGCAAGGUAACGGUCAGGCUGAGUCCUCCAACAAACUCAUCAUCGAUGGUAUUAAAAAGCGUCUGGACCUGAAAAAGGGUCACUGGGCUGACGAACUCGACGGAGUCCUAUGGAGCCACCGCACAACCCCGCGAGGGUCGACUAAAUCGACACCUUUCUCCCUCGCCUACGGUGUCGAAGCAAUGGCUCCCGCUGAAGUUAACGUUUCAAGCCUCCGACGUUCCAAGAUGCCUCAAUACGUCGAGCUCAACAAGGAAAUGCUACUUGAUGCCCUCGAUGAGAUAGAAGAACGAAGAGAUCAGGCCCUGCUGCGCAUCCAGAAUUACCAACAUCAGAUAGAAAGUUACUAUAACAAAAAGGUCCGCGCACGACCCCUGGAACUCGGCGACCUCGUCAUGCGCAAAGUGUUCGAAAACACUAAGGAGCUAAACGCCGGCAAACUCGGCGCCAGAUGGGAAGGACCUUACAAAAUCAUUAAAGUCGUCAAGCCUGGCGUAUACAGACUCCAAACGUCGCGCGGCGAAGAAGUCCCACGAUCAUGGAACUCAAUGCACCUACGACGUUUCUACUCGUAA